CAACAUCAACUUCAAUAUCAUCAAUGACUGAAGAGUCAAACCAAGUGUUAUACCUAAUCGAAGAUUGACGUUGAGCUGCAUUCCGCAACUUUUGCAUUGAUGAAGAUUCUGAUUGAUCAAUUUGUGCUAGUUCUAUACGUGGCUCACCAACAACCAACUCCUCUUUUUUCACGACAAGUGGAAUCUCUCCUUGUGGCCCAUCAUAAAGAUUGUUAAUAUCAAUCUUCCACUCAACAAUAUCACGGUUUGGGGUGGUCCAGGUACAUAGACAUGAGCGUGAAUUUUCUGGCACCAUGAUGAUCUGAGGCAUUCUGGAAUGUGGACUGAGUCGGCCAUGGCAGGCAGAUCAUGCAAGUUUGUGUAAAGCACCCGUUACAGAGUCCACAUGCCGUUGACAUGCAUAACAUCUGCAGUAGCUAGCGAGCCUCGGUCUAAGGAAGGUUCAUGCGCAGCGUGAGCACUAUCUCUCGAUUCACUUCACCCUGCUCGAGCUACUUCAUCGCCAGAACCCGCCGUCACUGGAACAUCCCAGCUUCAACCUUCGAUUGAAGACUCCUCUUUCUUCUUAUUGGAGAUCAUUAUGAUCUGUAAAGGAGCGGACAAGUCCACAAGCCUUUUGUUUCAUGGGAGACAGGAUCACAGACCGGAGUCAAGGGGGCACGUACAAACAAGCUGUAGCGCCACAAUAGCACGAAUGUCAAUGCAUGUCAAGGUCGUCAGUGACGUCAUCCAGACGUCAAGAUCGUUAAUCAGAAUGUUCUGGAUGAGGAACAGCUGUUGGGGAGAGUUGGUCAUAAAGCUCGUGUUGAGUCCGAUAUUUAAUCCUAAAAGAGAGAAAACCGCGUAUCGAUCUAUAUCUAGAAUAUGUAACAAGCGGUGGAGUUUUCCCACAAGUCAAGAUCUAGUAAAGAGAAGGAAACGAACCAUGGCAAAAGUGAUCUUGAUUGAUUAUCCAGUGCCAAAUUCCUCAAGGACACCAGCUUGCAACAAAAGUAAUGGGCUCUGAACAGUCCCGGUUGAGCCCGCCAGUGCUCACUGACAAUACUCACAUGUCUAAAGAUCCUGUCAGGUGUCACUUAAUAUAACAGGUUCAUUCUUGUUCGUCCUGGCUGGGUUUACCUUGAACUGGAAAGCUGGUAAGGAAGUGCCACGAUCGGUUCAGAACUCCUUCCUUGUGUACAAGAGGGGAAAAUGAAUUUGGGGUUCGAGCUGAUUUAGAUCCCGGUUUGGGCCCAUAUGCAGUGUAUCGGCAUACAUGAUAGUUGUGAUGACUGCGCACUUCAUCCUCCGUGAUACACGUGAACGUGAGGCUAAAAUGAUUCAGAUCUCAUGAAGUCGCAGACACCCUUGACAAGUCCAGUGGAAUGCGGAGCGGAUGAACGAAUGUCGUGAAGGCACAGUGCUCAUGGAGGCUCCAUCGUUCUGUCCAAGUGCUGUGGGUCUGAUACGUAUCAUGGAGGGACGACGAUUGUUCCGUGCUCGCCUGCCAGAGACGCCCGUAACGCGAAUCUUGGCGUUUGGCCGAUGACCUAUUCUUCACAGUUCCUGCGCAUCUGACCUCAGAAUUACUUUAAAACGACCCAGAACGACUUUGAGUCAUCGGAUUCCAUCAUGAGUUUCUAAGUGCGAAAGGAUGUCCAAGGGGGCGGUGAAAUUUACGGAAAAGAUUGGAUCUCAGUGCUCAAGAGUCAUGGCAUAUCAAUUCUUUCAGGACGGACGCUUUGAAUGCCUUCUCCUUGGGAAAAGAUUCGCGUCCUUGCUGUUGCGAUGAUGGUGGCUGCACUCAAAGUGGAUGUGGAACCCGAGGGAAAUCUUAUGCUGUACUCCAGGCUAAUAUUUGAAUGGUUGAAGCCUCCUCCAGAUAGCCAUAAGCGUGCAUGAACGGAUCUGUAGGAAGAAACUUACGUUCUACGACAAAAAUCUUUUGUUUUCCACUUCUUGUCAAUUUCAAUUCAACUUUUGGUUACCCUCCAAUGAAAUUUGAAACGAUUGCAAGUCUUCAUGGGGAUUCAGUUACUUUUACAUUCAAUAAAAUAUUGACGG